AUGUCAGAUACAGUAUCUAUCAAGUUUGAUGAGUUUUCUAAAAUACGUAUUUUAGACCCUACACAAUACGAUGUGUCCUCAAAACUCAAGGAAGAGUGUAAAGAGUUUACAUCAAAAAUCAGCGAGUUCAAUGAUAUUAUAGGUGUGUUUCAAGACCUUUUAUCAAGCAAAGCACAGCAGAUAGAGCGGGAAAAACUCAAGACAAUCGGACUACGCCUUCAAGUAGAAUCAGAAGUUAUCCAUCGUAAAGCAAUGCAGGUUCAAAUACAAUCGCUUAUUGAUGAGCGCCAAGCAGAAUUAGACAGGCAUGACUCUGAUGUCAAACUGUAA